AGCAUCUCUCAUAGUUCACUUUCAAAGUCAGCUGAAGGCAGAGGAAGAGCUAGAGAAAGCCCCUUUCAGAGCAUCUGUGACGUUUAUGGACUUGGCUUGCUAGAAUGCUCAAGAUGAUGGCAGCAAUGAAAAUCCAGCUGGUAUGCAUGAUACUUCUGGCUCUCAGCUCCUGGAGUCUGUGCUCAGAUUCAGAAGAGGAAAUGAAAGCAUUAGAAGCAGAUUUAUUGACCAAUAUGCAUACAUCAAAGACCAAUAAAGCAGGUGUUUCUUCUUGGAAAAUGACCCUUCUAAAUGUUUGCAGUUUUGUAAAUAACCUGAACAGCCAAGCUGAGGAAACAGGGGAGCUUCAAGAAGACGAGCUUAUUACAAGAAGGAAAUUUCCCACUGCCUUAGACGGCUUUAGCUUGGAAGCGAUGUUGACAAUAUACCAGCUCCAAAAAAUCUGCCACAGCAGGGCCUUUCAACACUGGGAGUUGAUUCAGGAGGAUGUUCUUGAUGCUGGAAAUGACAAAAAUGAAAAGGAAGAGGUUAUAAAGAGAAAAAUCCCUUACAUUCUGAAACGUCAGCUAUAUGAGAAUAAACCUAGAAGACCCUACAUACUCAAAAGAGGUUCUUACUACUACUGAGACGAUAAAUAUUUUAUUUAUAUGUGAUUGUGUUUUAUAAUCCUUCACUUAAAUAUCAAGUUAUACUUGUGUGGUAAUGUGACAGUACACAACUAUUGUGUCUCUUCUUACAAUCGUGGUUUAUUGGAUGUGAUUUUUCUGCAUUAAUAUAAAUUGGACUAAAUGUUUUAGAAUAAAUCUAGAUCUUGAGCAUGAUAA